AUGCCGGAAGGGGAAUCGCAAGCGACGAAGGAGAUGGUGAAGAUGUCGAUUAACCUAAUCUUCAUAUAUGUCUUAGAUGUUGAUGUUCUUGAUUGUCCUGUUUGCUUCGAGCUACUCACUAUUCCUAUUUUUCAAUGUGAUAAUCGACAUAUGGCUUGCUCUUCUUGCUGUUCCAAACUGAGAGAUAUAUGCCCUACAUGUGCUUCGCCUAUAGGCCAUAUUCGCUGCAGAGGAAUGGAGACUGUGAUAGAAUCAGUCUUUCUACCAUGCAUAAACGCUGAGCUUGGAUGCGCCGAGAAGGUCUCUUUUCUGAAAGAAUCAACCCAUAAGAAAGAAAGCAGCUUCUCUCUUUGCUCCUGCCCCGUGCAAGAAUGCAACUACACUGGCUCAUACACUGAUCUCUAUGAUCACUAUGCUAUUUAUACCCAUCAGGAUAGCGGGAAAGGGUUUUAAUGUGGCACUCCGUUUUGCGUCUUGAUGAACAUCAGCGAAAAAAUAUUCAUUAAAAGGGAAUUUGACAUGAAACUACUGUUUGCAGUGCAGUGUUUUAGAGAACCUUAUGGUGUGUAUGUAACUAUAAGCUGCAUUGCACCAUCUUCUCCGGAAGUAGGUCACUUCUCUUAUAAAAUCUCCUACGUAAUUGCGGAUGGACACACUAUGACAUAUGAAUCACCAGAUGUGAAGAAGAAUCUUCAAGUGAACUUGGAAACCCUUCUAGAGAAUUCCAUGUUGAUCCCUCACUGUUCAUUGAGUGGUGAUUUGUUGGACUUGAGGCUCUGCAUCAAGAAGUUGAACUAA